UGCGGCAUAAAUUGCGGGGGUUGAGCCAUGUCUUUGACCAACACAAAGACGGGGUUUUCGGUCAAGGACAUCUUGGACCUGCCUGAUACCAAUGAUGAGGAAGGCUCGGUGGCCGAAGGCCCAGAGGAAGAAAGCGAGGGGUCUGAAUCCGCCAAGAGGGCCGGACCGCUGGGGCAGGGCGCCCUGGACACUGUGCAGAACCUGCCUCUGAAGAAUCCAUUCUACGACAGCAGCGACAACCCAUACACACGCUGGUUAGCCACCACCGAGGGCCUCCAGUACUCCCUGCACGGGUUGGCGACCGGCGCGGCCCCCCAGGACUCGAGCUCCAAGUCCCCAGAGCCUUCGGCCGACGAAUCACCGGACAAUGACAAGGAGACCCCAGGUGGCGGGGGGGACGUUGGCAAGAAGCGGAAGCGGAGGGUGCUCUUUUCCAAAGCGCAGACCUAUGAGCUGGAGCGACGUUUCCGGCAACAAAGGUACCUGUCGGCCCCGGAGCGCGAACACCUGGCCAGUCUCAUCCGCCUCACGCCAACUCAGGUCAAGAUCUGGUUUCAGAAUCACCGCUACAAGAUGAAGCGUGCCCGGGCCGAGAAAGGUAUGGAGGUGACGCCCUUGCCCUCACCGCGACGAGUGGCUGUGCCCGUCUUGGUCAGGGACGGCAAACCGUGCCACGCGCUCAAAGCCCAGGACCUGGCAGCUGCCACCUUCCAGGCGGGUAUCCCCUUUUCGGCCUAUAGCGCGCAGUCUUUGCAGCACAUGCAGUACAGCGCCCAGUACAGCUCGGCCAGCACCCCCCAGUACCCGACAGCACACCCUCUAGUACAGGCCCAGCAGUGGACUUGGUGAGCGCCGGCCUGCCGAGACUC